AUGCAUGUCCCCUCCUGGCCGCGGUGCCUGGCAGAGGAUUAUAUGGUUGUGGUUUGCAGGACGCGGCAUGGCGGCAUCCUCCAGGUGCAGCGUAUUCGCAAGCCCAGCCUCGAUCGUGGGAGCAUGCUCGGUGCGACCACGGUGCCAGAAGCGCGGCUGGCGCUGGCAGCCGUGUUGCUACCUCGGUGUUCUGGGCGCUGGACACAUCGCCAGGCUAACAAUGCGAGAAAAGGAUCUCCGCCUCAACGGCCAUCGAAAGAUAAGGCGCCUGCCACAAAGAGAUUCCGCGGCCCCUCCGCCAAGCCAAGCAAGAGACCAAAGCUUGACAAGUUUUCCCGCUCUGCGAAGGCUCCUGCCACGAACAAGUUCUCGCCAGGAGCAGGUGCUGGGCCAUAUGACUUCGUGGGGGAUGCGUGGAUCGCAUGUGGCUCCAGGCAAAGUUUUUUGAAGCUCAGGCAAAGCUGGGCCGUGCCCUUGCUGCUUGAUGGAAAGGUUGCCUAUUUGCUGCCUUUGCUUCAGCUGUUGAUCGACGGACGGCAGCGAGGACCCAAGCGGCCGGGCGCUGUCGUGAUUGCCCCCACGCGGGAGCUCGCGGCGCAGAUCGCCGGGGAGGCAUCCUGGUUGGUGGCAGGGACCUCCAUCAAAGUUGCCGUGAUCUAUGGGGGAGUGCCCUACCGAUCCACACGCGACGCGCUGUCGCAAGGGGCUGACCUUCUGGUGGCCACGCCCGGGCGCUUGGAGGAUGCCUGUGAUCGAGGAGAUGUGGUGCUUCGCGACGUGGAGGCUGCUGUGCUCGACGAGGCAGACCAGAUGCUCGACCUAGGCUUCGAGGACCAAAUUCGCAUUCUGCUUACCAGGCGAAUGCCACGGACAGGAGGCGGACGCCAGACGGCCAUGUUCAGUGCCACCUUUGGGAUCGGAGUGCAGCACUUGGCCGCAGACUUCUUGGAUGCCUACACCUUCGUGGCUGUGGGACGCGUAGGUGGCGCUGCCCAAACGGUCGAGCAGCGUCUGGUUUGGGUGGAGGAUCAGCGGAAGGCUCAGGCACUCCUGGGCACCCUCCUGGCUUUGGAGAGCAGUGUGAAGGGGCCAUGCAGCGUUUUGGUCUUCGCAAACACCAAGGACGCAGUCCGGCUGAUCGAAGACAAGAUUCGGGCUUGGAGAUUUCGCGCCUUCUCCAUACACGGUGACAAGAAGCAGGACGCCCGCGAGAAGGCGCUGCAGCUCUUCCGCCGCCACGCGGAGGGCCACAUCUCAAACUCCAGGGACUCUGCGGCCGUUCUGGUGGCCACAGAUGUCGCUGCCCGUGGUCUGGACAUUCCAGACAUCACGUGCGUGGUGCACUACGACUUGCCGCGAAGGAUCGACGACUUUGUGCACCGGUCAGGCCGGACGGGCCGCUUGGGCCGGAACGGCCUCUCCAUCGGGUUUGCAAAUGCUCGGGCAAAGGGACUGAGCAAGGACCUCGUCAAGUGCCUGGCAGAAGCGGGUGCAAAGAUUCCGCCCUGGCUGCUGGGGAUGGCCAUCUCCACGGGCGAGGACCUCGAGACCUUGGAGGCUCUAGGACACAGCUCAGCUGGAGGAGGCUAUGGUGCACAGGACGUCCGCUUGCAGGGCGCAGGUGUCCAGACAGCUGCCGAACGCCGUGAAGCACAGAAGCUGCGAAGCUUUGCCGAGGAUGCCUACGGCGCAACCGCGGGAGAUGGCUCCGACGCCUCCGCAUGA